AUGGGAAUGUGUUUGCAAGAAGUCCACGGUACGGUUUCAAUCCCUAGAGACGAGAACAUGAACCUGUUGACAGAGUUGAAACCACCAAAGAGAGUGCUUCCUGCGAAGGAGAACUACAAACCCUCGGAGGGACAUCAUUCCUGUAGGGUAACCCUGGCAGAAGUUGAUCAGAAUUCAAUGGUACCGGUCAUCGUAACUUCCAGUGCCGAUAGCUCCCAGGGAUAUUUCAGCCCCCAGCGACUUCGGAAUCCUGCAGAGAAAUCAUUACCAUUACCGGCCGUGGAAACUGGACCCAAUGAAGAUGUUUCUAAGGAAAUGCUCUACGAAAGCAAUUUUGCAUAUGAUUUCACGAUCGAUGAGAUGUACGGCCCACCUUAUGUUCCCCAAAGUGAUGCAGUCGGAAGGGAUGCCAUUAAGGCAAGUGAUGUAACUGAAAAGGAUUCCCCCAAGACUAGGGUCGAGACAGCUGAAAAAGAUUCCCCUAAGACAGGGAUCGAGACAACUGGCAAGGAUUUCCCCAAGACAGGAGUCGAGACAACUGAAAAGGACUCUUCCAAGACAGGGGUCGAGACAACUGGAAGGGAUUUCCCCAAGACAGGAGUCGAGACAACUGAAAAGGACUCUUCCAAGACAGGGGUCGAGACAACUGGAAGGGAUUUCCCCAAGACAGGAGUCGAGGAUCGUCCCCGCACGCCUCAGGAUUGCAAACUUUUCAGAGUGCCCAAUCCCCCGCUUCCUGUCAUAAACAAGCUGAUCAAGAGUGAAAAGAAACCAGAGGAGCGAAAAACCUUAGCCAAUGACGUGCCUUUCAUCAGCAGUGAUCAGGCUGAGAAUGCUGACAACGAAGACCCAGAAUGGACCUUUAUGCGGAAGCUGGAGACGGAUGACCAGAGAUACCGGGUCGUCCGGGAGCUGUGGAAGAAUACAGAGAUCCCCAAUCCGAACGUGAAUCUCACCGUCCACAAUUAUCGCAAGAGACUGCUGCUGAGUAAGAGGGAACGUGGGAUCGAACCGGUGAUCCGGGAUAUCCCUGCCUCUCAUGCUCGCGGAAAAACGCACGCCACGAAGAGGAAAGCCAUAGAUUGGAGCAAAGACCCCGAUUGGAGUAGAGACCCCGAUUGGAUCUCCUCCUGUCCACCGAACAAGAGGCGGAAAACUUCCUACCAUGGCUUCUAUGAAGAACUGAUUGAGAAACUGAGGCACGAAUACGGCCAGGCUUACAACUUACAACAGGCGAUGAACAUGCAUAACUCUUGGGGCGCUGUUUUUCCGCAGGAUCGAGGAAACCAGUACAACUACAACUACUCCUGCUCGUAUAACUACAAUUACAACAGCAGGCAUGGUUGGAAUCAUGUACGACAUAACUCCCAGCCAGACUUGCUUCGCCGGCAGGAGAGACAUAUCGCUCAUCUUCGCAAGUCGCAGGAAGAAGCUAACAACAUAUACUAUUUCUAUUCUGGUCUCAAGAAUGCAACCACAGAAGACUUGUCUCUCGACGAGGAACAGCUCCAGCAGCUUCUCGCCAUUGAGGACAUGCAUGACCAGUUUCGCAAGUUCUACGGUGGCCGCCAUUGA